AUGAUUAACAGCAUGGUUGCCAAGGUCUUAAGUAUGUUCCUCUCGGACUACUUUGAGAACCCUGAGAAGCUAUCGCUAAGCCAGCUACUUACAGGUACAGUAACCCUCCACAACCUAAAGAUUAAAAAUUCAUUACUUUCGUACCUAAUGCUGCCGAUGAAGCUAGUAUAUGGCAUGGUGAAGGAACUCGAGAUCACAAUCCCCUGGCUUUCACUAUCAAGCAAGCCCAUAACGGUGGAGGUGAGAGACAUAAUAUUGGUCUAUUCGCUAACUCCCACAAAUGAAUGGAGCGCCAGCGAGCUGAUGAGUAAUUGGCAAGAUUUCAAAGACAUCGACAUACUGAAGGAAAAGUCCAUUAACAUAUUUUUGGACUCUAGCACAUUUGGUUCAAAGUGGAAUUCAAUAAUGCACCGAUUUCUUCGAAAUGCUAUAGUUUCAUUCCACAACAUUGAUUUUUUAUUGUACAAUACAUUUUUUGGUGACAUACCUCACAUAUUGGGAUUUAAUUGCAUGACGGCCUACAACAUCAAAUGUAAUCCUGAAUGGGAGCCCUUAGAGAAAUCGUUUUCUGACAAUACGGCUUCUAACUCAACCUAUUCCGCCUCUAACGACCACGAUUCCGAGGCACACGUAUCAGAAAUUCCCUCAUCAAUAAGUGCAUCAACCUACUACGAGCGAAUGCCAAUACAAAUGAUAAAGUCUGACGUACCCAUUAGUUCAGAUUCACACAAAAAGAUAGAGAAACUGAUGGAGAAUGGAAUACUUGUGUACAACUUGUUUAUUUUUGAGAGCACUAGGUUAUAUUAUCGCGAAUUUACCGACUCAGAUGACAUAUCAUUCAACGACAAAACGAUAAACGAAGUGGCAAGGUGGAUAAGGGACUCUAGCAGUGGGAACAAGGUGAUUUACCGGAGGGAAUCAUUUCAGCUGCGCUAUAGGGCGUGUAAUGGGCCUAUAAAUGAUGAUCUGAUGAAUGCACUAUUGUACGAUUCGUUGCAUGGUCAUAACAUCAAGACAUCAUUUUCUGAUUUUUCUACGAAUUACUCGAUAAACGAGCAAAUUGGACACGUCAAGUCGAUGGAUGACAACAGCGAUCGGAUUGGAGAUGAAUUUGGCAUGAUUGAAAAGGGCAAUUUGGGAUGGGCAGUUGAAAAUAAAGGCGAAGACAUAAAGAAGCGCAGGUGGAACCUUCCACGGUUUUUUGGACGUAAAAAGGAUCAGUCCACCGCUAGUAGCCUUCCAAUGGUGGAAGAGCCGCCAAAGUACCAAACAAACUUGGAGAUUUAUCAGAAUAUAUUCAGGUCUACUGAAAGCAAAUUUAUGAUUCAUACCAGGGACUCUAAAGUUUAUCCCAAUUGCUCAAUGACCCUAAUAUUUCCACACAUGGCCACAGAACUUUCAGCGGAUAUUCUAAAAUCGUUUGAAUCGUUGCUAAAGUACAUUUUAAUGUACAAGCAAGUAUGCUACAAUGGGCUGGAGAGACUGGAUGAUAGCAAAACCCCCCCAAAUGAUGAAGUUAUUAAGUAUAAAAAAGAGUUCAGGUCAAUGGCCUACGGGCUUAAAUUUGACUACGCCUAUAUCAACAACUUCUAUGAUAAAUACAGCAUGAAGUUUAUCAAAAACCUAAACAUGAGCCUUCUAGAAGACCUUUCCAUGCAAAUUUUUAACCUGCACGAAAAUAUGGAAAACUGGAAGAACUUCAAGGGAGUAACGUCUAGCUGCUAUAUGGACAGUAUCAAGUUUUUCAAACAGAAAACACCCCUCUCAAAAAAAGAAAACAACAUCCUCUGCAUGUAUAGAAAUAGACUUUUGGUCGAAAAUAUGCCCUGGUACUCUAUUCAUGUUAGAAUUCGCGGCCUGAAUGCGAAUGUACGGCUUGAGGAUGGGACGCUGGACUUUUCCUCUGAUAGCAUGAUGGCUGGCAUAACCUGCGGAUUGAUGAACGCAAAAUAUGAUCUUUCAUUAGAAAACUGCCUACUUAGGUGUGAUUUCCGCUCUUAUACUCUAAAAAAUAUCCUCCAAUCCGGUACUUACAUUGCAUCUAGCAGUGGGACCCCCACCGCCCAGUCUCAGCCCAUCUCUCCUCCCUCCAGCCGCAGCACCGAAGGGACGGUCGCCACCGGCACCGCGGCGAAUGAUAGGCCUAUGCAUAGGAAGAGUAAACUAAAGGCAUAUUCCCUGGCCUAUAACGUAUUUUCCAACCCGCUGACCAACGACACGGGAGAUAGCGAGUCCAUAAAGUGUGCGGGGGUGCUGUUGUCCUUCGACGCCGGUCCCGUAGAGCCCCUAAUCAAGAUAGAGGCAUUCGGGUCCUGGCUGUUGGCCCUGAACGUGGAAAUGAUUGGACGUUUGGCGAGGGCGGUGGAUUAUAUCAUUCAACCCUACAACUUUGAGGCCUACAUCCAAUCAUCCAAGUUCCAACCGCAAGUGAGGUCCAUCAUAGGAUUAGACGAUUUAACUUUGAACGACGUAUUUUGUGAUAUACCAUCAUCUCCAUUGCCGGAAAGUGCGCAGGAAUGCGACUUUCCAUAUUCCUCCAACAUAAGCCCAGUCCGAAUUGAGGAUGAAGAGGCGGCGUUGAACCUGCUGGCCCAGUCUGAAUCGCCAAAGCCCGUAGAAAUUGAGACUUAUGACCAGUAUCCUGGGACUAGAGGGGGGGUAGUAAACAUUAACACCUCUAGGUCCAGCAUACUACUCCUGGUUAUUUCCAGGGGCGCCAAAACAGACCUGCAGUCGCCCCUUCUCUCCAUCGACCUCGGAAACAUCCGCAGUGCCGGAACGGCAGAAAUAGGGGAGCAUCAAAGCAUACAAUUCCACGGAAUUAGCGUUACACUCUUUAAGAGCCUGCAUAAUGCUCUGCAGGACAACGACUGGAGGGUCGAAGAGCUGCUUCAAAUAGGCAACAUCAUCGACAUAUUGCGCUUAAAAGCCAGAGAAUGCCAUUCUUCGCAAAAGAUCCUACCACUCAUCAACGCCACAAUGUAUAUCCGUCACAUUUCUUCAACUGUGCCCCAUCUUACAGUAGAUCUCGACGGUUAUGGUACACUGGUCCUUAAUCUUUCCCCAGAUGUGGGGAUUCUGGCAGGUGAUUUAACUAGAGAAAUCUACACCAUAUGCAGCGUCUGCAGGGCCACUACACCAGGAGAGCCCUGCCAGUGGAGCGUCUCCGUUGCGUGGCCCUCCGUGCUGCUCAGGGUUUGGGGAAAACUUAAGCAUAUUCACACUCUGGCACAUAGAGAAUCUGAAUUUAAAAACAUAAAAUGCAGCGCGGAAUAUGAAUAUACACAAAGCGAACAAAAACAGCAAGUAAAUUGCAAGUGCGAAGGCAUUACGCUACGCCACGAUAACCAAACAUUAGAAAUUCCUUGCACCAUCGCGGCAAAUUAUGACCAAGAACUGACACUGACUGUGUCCGACCUGUAUAUGAACCUUGGAAACAACUUUGAAAUAACUAAAUUUCUCGAAUUUGUCUCCACGACAGGGUCCGCAGGGGUUUCUAGCCCAGAGAGCAUCAAUACUGCCACUAGUAGGCGAUUCCCUCAAACCUCCAUCCACCUGCGAGGCGCCUGUCUCUCCCUGCCCCUCGACCCCUGCCUACUCAAGGCACGUUUCGAUCUCAGCCUGUUUGCCCAGCCCUGCUCCGGCGGCACAGACCACAGCGGAACAGACUGGGCCUGCAAUAUCAACCUAUUCACCAGGUCCAUGCACCUGGACAGUCGCCAAGAAGGAGAAGUACAGAUCGCCAGUUCCUGGCGCUGCCACGCAAGCCUACGCAAAACAUGCCUCAACCUAGCCCUGGCCGUUGGGCUCGAACCCCUAAUCUUCACCCUUCACCCCUCGCUCCUCUCCCUGCCCCUCUCCCUGCCCCUCUCCCCCUCUCCCUCUCCCCUCUCCCCUCUCCCCUCCCCCCCCCUGAAGCUCUCGUUCGGACUCUCCAACCUGCAGGUCCAAAUGCAGCUCUGCGAACGCCCCUGCGUGCUCGUAUGCGAGAGCCUUGCCCUGGAAAUGGACACCAGCCCCGCGCCCCCGCAGCACCUACGGGGAACCCUGGGCUGCCUGGUCUACGUAGAUUCACGCGAAUUUGACGCACUGCUCGAGCCACUAGCAGUGAAGGGCGCCAUAACGGGCAUAGACAACGAGCUCUCGGUGGACCUCGAGACCAGCUGGGCCAACGUUAAUCUGCGACACGGCACCCCAGCCCCCCCUUCACCCGCAAACAACCCAACCCUUGUCAACUUACUAGGAAUGCCCAUCUAUCUGAUGGGCUACGGGCUGGGCAGCGGGCUGACCUGCGUGGCCGAUGGGGCAUCGAUGGAGCUGACGCGCUACGGCGCAGGGGCCAAGGUCGUAAUUUUGCUCUACGAGCACAUCUUCGAGUUCGAGCUGACCCGGGCAGACUUCCAGGUCAAAGAGCUGCGCUUCAGCUUCACUAGGAGCUCUGGACGUCUAAGCGAAUUUAUUAUACCCAUUCUAGUCUCCACGCUAGCCGGCCCGUCCAUGAGGGUAGAGGUCAGCUCCACGCUCUCCAUACGCAACAACACGAAGCACCGGCUCUCGCUAUACGCCAGCCCGUGCGUUACGUCGCUUCACAACUUCAUAAACUGCCAAUUUGCCAGCUCUCCGCGAAGCGUGCGCUACGAGUUCAGCGUGGACGCAAUUCAAAGCCGAGUCUUAGAGCUGGAGCGCGGAGAGGCGAGACACCUCCCGCUGCCCUGGCUCUUCAGCCGGGCCUUUGUCUAUCGCGGGCUGGCGAUGUAUAACCUGGCGCCCUGUCCCGAGGCCUGGGCGGGCGACGUAGAGGUGGACGAUAUAAGAUUUUCAGUUUGGGACGAUUACGCGUUACCUGGCGCGUCCGCGCUGGAUUACGUGAGUUACUAUGAGGCAAAUCUGGACAAAUCGCAGAUAAUAGCCAACCCUGCUUCUCUUAGGUCUAUUUUUCAUUACCAAUCCAGAGAGUCUAGCAGGCUCUACCUCGGUUCUAAACUAUUGGCAAUUAAGGAAGGUGGCAUUUUUAUAACAUCUGAAAUAAUCUACAGACGCCUGACAUUUCUACCUCACAGACACUUUGAGGUCAUGCUUUCUCCGCCCAUGACCGUUCAAAAUUUGCUGCCACACAAAUGCUUGGUACGGAUUGGUGGGCACGUUGAGGAGCUGGAUCCCACGGAGGAGUGCAGUUUUUACAACGGCCACAGUGAAUUUUCCGUUGAAAUGGCCCUGCCGUGCGACGGCAGGGCUAUCACUUACCGCUCAAAGCGCAUCUGCGUUGGCGAUGCAAAGGUAUUUGACUGCGAAAAGGUAAUUGAAUUUUUCCUCUAUGCGAGCGAGGGCGGCAAUUGUCCACUUCCGCACGUUAUUCGCUGCUGUGUCUCCAUUACGGCGCCAGUAUUCGGGAUGAGGGACUUUUCGGCCAAUGAAUCGCUCUCUAGGUACGUUUCUGUAUACGCCCGCCAUUGGGUCUUCAACAACCAGCCGCUGCCCUUGGUGAUAAAGUCCGACUACAGCACGCAGUACCUGCAGCCAGGCGAGUGCGAAAUUUUCGGGCUCUCCCUGUACGAGUCCAUGGAGUUUGGCCGGGGCUGGCUUGGGAAGGGGAUGUUCAGCGGGAGGUUUUCCAAGCCCUGUAAGUUGGACGUCCUCAGGUCAUUUUCUCAGGUCUACAUCCCGCCUUCCAAAAACGACUGCGCACGCUGGCUCUCCGUCAUCUCCCGGCCUGCGCCCCCCCCCUUCAAUAGGUCAACGCUGACGGUCAUUGAAUCGCGGUUCACCAUUGUGAACAGGUUACACCACCCGAUAUUUGUACUGCAAUGUUCUGGAAACGAGUUAACCCAGUUUUUUAGAGUUCCUCUGGGGGCGUCUGUCGCCUACCACCCAGUGGGGGUAAAAGACGCCAAGAAGCUGUCUUGUUACUUCACCCUCGUGGAGCCGAACAAAUAUUUCGUCCCUCAUUCCGUCCCUCACCCCCUGCAGACCCCGAGGGCCGCGGGGGAGCGCGUGGCCGCGGCUCUGGCCGAGGCCUGCCAAAAUUGCCACUCCUACACGCAGAGCAUAAUCCCUCCGCCAGGGUUCAACACGGCCGGGCUGUUUACGCCCUUGAGGGUCCCGGCGGGUGCUAGACUCGCCUGGCCCCUGCCGGGGCACGGGGAGGGGGGUUUCAACGGUUACUGGACGCACCUGUGGUCUAGGCGCGGGCGCAAGCAGCAUCAGUUGAACCUGGUCUACCCUAAUUCGCCCCAGUUGAGGCUACUGUUUAAUAUAAAUCGUUUUUGGCGUCCAAAGCGCGGGGGAAAGGUGGCCACUCGCACUGCUGGGCUAACAAUUGGGAGGGGGCAUGGCGAGGGCGGCCCAGGGGUGGCGGUGAAGCACAUGGACACGGUUUGUGCGGGAGGCGUGCAGUUGAUAUACAAGGAUUUUGAGAAGUUUUCAGGGGACAAGGCAUUUUUUACGCUGAUCGAUCGGCCUGUGAGUGAUGCGCACAUUAGGCAGCGCCAGUCCAAGUUGUUAUCAAUCAAUGCGGUGACCUGUCCGCACGUUAGCCUAACGCCCUCGAUCGUGUCGCUUUACAUGGCGGAGCUCAACUUUUUGUCUCGUUUGGACUUGCAGUUUAAGCAGUCCUACCGUCGCUACUCCUCUGCUAAGCUGUCGUCCAGAUCCUCCCCGCACGGGGCCGAUUCGGGCAUCCACCUCAGCACCCGGAGAAGUUUUGCGGGGGAUGGGCGAAAGUCUGCUGACAAGAGACGGCACUCAUUUCAAAUUACAGGGCCUCGAAGCUUUCGGGCAUUGGCAAACGUCCGCAGGGCCUAUCACAGGAGGCCCAACGCCCCCGGUACCUGUUUGAUUGACAUUUGUACCAGGGUUGAGGGCAAGCGGUCGGUGGUUGAGCUGAAGGGGGCGCAGGCCUGCAGGUACAAGUUAAGGAAUAGGACAGACUACAAGAUUUUUUUUUCCGAGCCUUUUGGAGACCCGGCGGUGCUGCGGCCGCACAGUUUUCAGGCUUUUAGUUGGAGUAGUGGCCUCGCGGAGUCCCGCGGCGAGAUACACGUAAUGAUUUACGCGCAAUCGCGCGACCAUCCCUUCACUUUUAUUUGUAAUAUAACUCGGCUUAAGAUCCACGCCAUCCUCCCUUGCGUGGCCCAUCGCGUGGGCGUUUCCAUGCGUAGCCUCCUGGUGGCGGUUACCCUUAUAGAGCAGGGGGUCCGUACGUUGGUAUUUACAAGCAUUAGUACCAACAAGGCCAUUAGGCACGUGAACAAGGAGAACAUAUUAUCUCUCCGCAGGGGCACGGUGGCGCUGGACCGUUUGUAUGGUUACUUGCAGAACAGGGCCAAGGGCGCGCGGCGUUCGACCGAGAUGUCGCUAUUAUUUCAACUGAAUGCGAGCGGUUUGGGCAUUUCAUAUGUAACUCCUAGCAGUUUUGGCGUUUCGUAUGUAGGUGUAAGUCCUAGCAUUCGGCCAGUUGGUUUGCAGGAAUUGGCUCUUUUUUGUUCGAUUUCACCGCUUCAUUUGGCGUAUUGUUGCGCUAAGACGCACAACUUGAGGCUGCUAUUGGGGGAGGUUUCAAUUGACUCAUUCGACUCGCCAUUGAUCAGGCAGUGGAAGUACAGCGAUUACUGGUGGAAGAAGUGGUCUAAGCUUCCGUGGUUUAUCCAGCCGAUACUGAGGAGAUCGCACGAGCGGCUCGGACUGGUUGAACGGCAGAUUGUGGAUUCUACCUGGGGAAAAUGGGAUGAGAAGCGGUUUAGCGGAUUUAAAAAAUCGAUGAUUCGUUUUUACAUUUCAGGGAGCUUAGAAAAGCGCCCCGUAUUUUUGAGCCACUUGAUCGUAGCGGUUGAGCCGUUAGAUGUUAUUAUUAAUACUUACAUUUUGCGUGAGCUGCAAAACCUCUACUACAGGUUACCUGCCCCGGCAAAGGACUCACUGCCCGGGCUUUUGUACAUUGAAUAUUUUUAUAUUUCGCCUCUGAAGGCCUAUGUCACGCUUUCCAGUUCCGGCCAAUCUGGAGGCGGUAGUGGCAGUUCCACUGGCGGAAGUUGGUUUUUGACUUACUUUAACUCUAUGAUUGAGGACAUAUCAGAAACCCCGCUCUCGUUCAACCCGGUACUGCAGACCAAUACUUUCACAACCAGCCGGAAGUUGAUAAAUGACUCUGGAGAAACGUACCUUCGCCAAUUGGUGCGACAGGCCGCUAAAAGCAUCGGGUCCUUUAAUAUCAUCGGAAACCCAAUUGGACUUUUUAGAAGAUUGCAUUUUGGCUGCUGCGAGUUCAUUUCUGCGCUCUUACGCGUCUUCUCCGUCAAAUUGCACGAGUUCCCUUUACACCUUAUACGAGGCGCCCUGGUCCUCGUACUAAUCACCGUCUGCUCACUCUUAGACAGCUGUUCGCUCUGCCUUCGCUCGCUACACUCGCUGGCCGAACAGAUCUCCUUCUACAGCGCAAAUGUAGCCCUGGAUGCCCUCCCCUUCGCGCUAAACAGGAGGGGCCUGUUCGAACCCACGGGAUUGCUUGAUACUCUCAGGGGCGGGAUACUUGGCUCGGCCCUGGUUCUGCUGGGCUCUAUAGUGCAUCCCGUCUCUUUAAUUCACGGAAAAAUCUCCCAUACGCUUAGACAAAUACACGCGGCGUUAUUACGCAAAAACCGCUCCACGUAUGGCUGGAGGUCCACCGUGGAUAGGAGGGAAACCUCCAACGUCUUACUCAAGGUCCUCUCUUUCCUAGCGCUCGGCCCGCCCAUGUCCGUGCUCCUGCUUUCCAGGUCCAUCAUACGCGGACUGAGCGCUACUCUUUCACACCUAGGCCGAAUUUCAGAUCUUAAGCCAAAGGCCAUGGGCAAGAUCCUCAGGUCUGGCUGCUCUACGUCAGAACAUGACUUUUAUAUCUACAAUGCCACGCGGCUGCUAGAGCAGGCGCUCGCUGGAACCCUUUAUUCGCACAUAAAACACGAAAUUGUAGCGGUACAUGCGUCUUCAGAUUCGGACAUGGUAGUUGUUACAGAUUCAUUCGUCUUUCAAAUCUGCGGGGGGAAAAUUUGCUUUGCGUGUGACAAAAAUUCUGUAUACCGCAUCUCGCUCUUUCCGGACUCGGUGCUACUCUCCUUCACCUCGCACAUUAGGCUUAAGUUGCAUCACGACUUGAAAAAAUUCAUGCAACAGCGCCACUGCAGAACCGCCACGGAACGAAUCAAGCACACCCACAAAAUCUACAAUAGAAACAAACACGACUGCAAAAACCUCUUUGAGACUCUCUCACACUUUGUCGUGGGUUGCAGGGCCUCCUUUAGUUGA